AUGCGUCUCGCACCGAUUCUCCUCUCGCUGGCGACAGUGUCAUUGGCUGCCCCUGCGAACUACUUCGACGAUGCCUAUGACUUCUCCGACGAGCUUUCGGACUUUUAUGCCAAAGUCAGCCAGUAUAUCAGUCGCGUGAGAAAAGACACGACUCCGUCAGCAACAUGUGAUACAUCCAAGAUCAAAUUGCCCUCGUUCGCCUUGGGUCUACCGGCUCCCAACCAAACGGUCCCGAUGUAUGUGGCUCUUGGAAGAGGAACGCAGAACUACACGUGUGCCGACUCUACAUCUGCGUCUACUCCCACGGCUAUCGGUGCAGUCGCCAACCUGUACAAUGCGACAUGCUUGGCUGCCAACUAUCCGGAUAUCCUGGAGUCCCUUCCCAACAUUGCCCUCAAGAUUUCCCUGCCUACCAACGAGUAUGCCACCCUCCCACCAGCCAACCUCGACUUAAUGGGCCAUCACUUCUUUACUGGUGCGACUCCCGAGUUCAACCUUGACCUCACAGCCACCCAGCAGUUCGGUAUUGCCAUGACCAAGAAGGGUGGCCAAAUCAAUGCCCCCGACACUGCUGUUCAGGGCAAAUAUGGUGCGGUUCCUUGGCUGUACUUGUCAACCAUUGAUGGCACUGUUGGCAAAUACAAGGGCGUCUAUAGGGUGGACACAGCUUCGGGCUCUCCACCCGACGAUUGCACAGACAUGCCAUCUUCGUUUGAGAUCGAGUAUUCUGCAAACUACUACUUCUUUGGGAGUUGA